AUGGCAAGUGGCGACCUCCAGGACCCCUCCCCGGGCCGUGCGCCCUUGCCACGUUACGAGCAGCUGAAGGAAGAGCAAGAGCAAAUGCUGAUGCAGGCGAGAGUUCCGGUUGCCACCACCACGGUGGUCCACAUGGGCCCACAGGUCUAUGUCUCACCUGCACGUGACCAUAUUGUCUGGUCGAUCUUUAGCACGAUUUACUUAAAUUUUUGCUGCCUCGGGGCCAUGGCCCUUGCAUUUUCCGUCAAGGCACGGGAUCGUAAAUUGGUUGGUGACCAUAAUGGUGCAAGCAGCUAUGGUUCCACUGCCAGGUGCUUGAAUAUCGCGGCCUUGACGUUGUGCCUCUUUUCCCCUGUCGUCAUCGUAAUCAUCCUGGUUGUUACGGGGGUCAUUGUUUGAAAUAUACCUGGGGGAGUCUACGAUGGCUAUUGAACCAUGUUGCGAAGUGAUUUCACUUUCAAAUCCUUGUUUCCUUUAUGCACAGCUUCUACUCAGCCAACUCUUGUUUCCUUUUGAGUAUGUUGUCUAGGAUAUGAUUCUAAGGAAUAUACAUUGUCCAUAGAAAAGCUUUGUGUUUACUAUGAGGGAGUUGUUCAUUUCAAGAGAUGGUUUCAUGCUGAGAAGUAUACCAUUGUAGAGUUGGCUUUGUUAUACUUCUUAUAGUCUAAUGGUCCCUUCCACUCCAGAGAUGAUAUGUUUCUAUUGAAUGUAACCAGUUAAUUUUAUUUUUCUACUGAAUUUAACCAAUUCAAAAGAUUCCUCUAUGGUGGGGGGGGGGGGGCGCAUAAUUUUGACAUUGAUGCACAUAACAUUCCUCUAAGAAGACCCGGCAAUAUAAUUUUCCAGGUCCUGUUCCUGUAGAAUGGGAAGCAGAUUUUCUCUUUAAUAUUUUUCUAUUUGUCUGUAGUAAAAU